GCCGAAACAAUUUGGUCGCGUUGCAAUAUCCCUGUUACCACCGCGUCGACGUCCACGACGACUAGCAUGACGAUGCGCUGGGAAGACAUGAAGCACAUAGCGCCCUCGGUCCCCACACUAAAGAACCACACUGCAACCCUUGUGGGCUCUCGGAUAUUUGUGUUUGGCGGGUACGAUGGCCGCCGCAACCACAACGACUUGCACAUAUUCGACUGCGACACGCUGUCGUGGGAAACCUACACAGACCCUAGAUCCUCCAACCAAGACUCGACGCCUCCUUCAUUGUCUGCAGCGUUUCCAGCCAGCCGCAACGGCCACACUGCGACGCUGGCGCACAACAGCAUCUAUAUCCUCGGCGGGUGGCUUGGCAGCGGUCCCCAUGCUGCGAACGACCUGCACAUCCUGCACGUCAACUCGAUGCGAUGGGAGUCGCCUAUCACCACCGGCACCCCUCCCGGCCCAUGCAACAUGCACACGACCGACUACCUUCCCAACAUCAACGGCCUGCUCGUGUUUCGCGGCGGUGAUGGCAAGGAGUACCUAAACGACCUCCACCUCUUCGACCUCCCCACGCGCCACUGGAGCCGUCCCACGACCCACGGCACCCCUCCGAGUCCCCGCGCGAAUCACAGCUCGGCCGUUCUGGACCAUCGGUUGUUUGUGUUUGGUGGAUGGAACGGCACGCAUCGCCUCAACGACCUUCACAUGCUGGACACCACAACCUGGCAAUGGACGUCGAUUUCGCCAUCUUCCGAGGGAAGCAUGAUGCUGCCCUUCCCCAGAGCAGGCAUGACGUUUGUGGCUGUCCGCCGCCGCUUUUUUCUCUUUGGCGGGUACGGCAGCUCCCCCAACCACCCGUUCCCAGCCAAAUGCUUCAGCGACCUCCACGUGUUGGACACUGAUCAAACCUCCACCCAUUGGACGCCCGUUGUGCCUUCUGGUCACUCGACCUGUACUCCUCCAGCCUAUCUUUCGUCCACAGGUUGUUCCAGUGACUUGGCCAGCGACGCCAACCCCAACGAUGCACGACCAUUCGAUUCUCCUCACGCACCACGGGACCCUCGGGUUGUGACCGUCGAAGGCGUGGGACCGAGCCGACGCGCUGGCCACACGUGCACAGUGGUCGGCCGCCGCCUCUUCAUCUUUGGAGGCAGCCACCACAACGAGUACCUCAAUGACAUGCAUGUCCUGGACACGGACCCGUCGCCACAGGCGGUCGUGGCGCUCGCCGCCCCCAUGGAUUUUAACAGCGCACUGCGGCCGUAUGCGAAUUCGCCCACGUUUUCAGACAUCUCGUUCAUUGUGGAAGGCCAUGUCGUGUAUGCCCACAAGUUGGUGCUGUCCAUGGCCAGCGACCACUUCCGCGCGAUGUUUUCCGCUGGCUUUCGGGAAGCAUCGGCGGCGGCGAUUGUGAUUCCGAACAUGUCCCGCGGUGGAUUUGAAGCCAUGAUGGCGUACGUGUACUCGGGCCACGUUGUCGGUGAAAUGGGGUGGGAAGACCUGCUGGAGCUGCUCGUGGCGGCUGACCAGUACAUGCUGGACCACCUCAAGCAAGUAUGCGAGCGACAACUGCAGCUAGCUCUAGAUAAGGACAACGUCGGGUUCUUGAUGGAGGCCGCCGAGAGGGCCAACGCCAGUCAGCUCAUGGCCGUGUGCCGCCAUUUCGUGCGCAAUUAUGCCGACAAAGAGUCGACUCGACAUGCGAACGACGACACUCCAUAGAAGUGUCGAUCAUAAUCUAUUUAAAACGGGAAUGCGGUGUCCAAGCUUAACGUUAUUCAACGUUUAGAAAUUGUCGA